GCUGUAGCAUUUUUGAAACCCUUCCAUUAUAUAAAGGGGACUAGUUGUGUUGAAGUCCUAACAUCACAAUUCUCUCAGUAGUAUCUAACUAUACACACACAUUUGAGAAGAAAAAAAAACUUCGUUAGAAGUGAGUGUGGUGAUUAUAGAGAAAUGGAGAUAGAAGAAAUAGGAAGCUUUCCUCCAUUGCCACUUUUAUCAUUAAAUCACAUUUCGUUGUUGUGUAGAUCCCUGAAAACUUCGAUUCGGUUCUACCAAGAGAUAUUGGGUUUCAUUAUGAUCAAACGUCCAUCGUCUUUCGGUUUUGAUGGAGCUUGGUUGUUCAACUAUGGGGUUGGAAUACACUUGCUAAAGAACAGUUCCAUCGGGCCUUCUGAUUUCUUAAGAGAAUCACGACCCCUUAAUCCAAAGGAUAACCAUAUCUCUUUCCAAUGCACUGAUAUCGGACUCGUGAAGAGGAGAUUGGAAGAAAUGGGGAUUGAGCAUGCGAAGGCAACAGUAGAGGAUAGUGGGAUAAAGGUUGAUCAAGUGUUUUUCCAUGACCCAGAUGGUUAUAUGAUCGAAAUAUGCAAUUGUGAAAACCUUCCUCUUCUCCCACUCUCUUCCUCUGCCUCUUUCAAGGACGUAGCUAAGACGAUUGCGUGCAAAACUGCAGCCGGAAUCGCGUGUGGGUUAUUGGUGGAGAGUAUGAUGAUGGAGAGCUUGAGCAUGGAAAUGCUCAAUAUGUCAUUCUAAAAUUCAAGUUCUAUGCGAGAAUUUUUAACUAUAUAUGUUGCUUUUAUGUUUUCAUUGGCUAAAAUAAUGUGUCUUGAGUUUGGUUGAACGUGCACUUCUUUUGAUUUAAAUGAAAAGGCUAACUUCCAUGGCUUUGAAGUUUCCAUCAAAUUUCCUUCUACGCUCAGCAACAAACAAGAUGGGGGCUCCAAGUGCACAAUCUUCCUGAUGGUGGAGUCAAAAAGAAAUUGUUGACAGAAGAUUUCAUAGAUCAUUGUUUGUUAUGUUGCUAUUUGGAUUGGCGUAUAUGUUUUCGUCUUUCUCAGACACUGUCCUUGUUUUUAUUUUGUGCGUGCGUGUCGAAUACUAUUCUAUCCACAUA